CUGAGCGCUAUGGUUAGAUUAGUAUAAGCGUAUAUCAUACUCUGCUUCCUUUAAAGAAAGCUCGAGAAUUGGAGCGCUAGAUCUGAAUUAGCAGCGAGCGAGGGUGGUUGGUGACCUCACUUCGACUCCAGCCGCUCCUCGCAAACCACUCUUCUCUUCUCGAAAUAUAGCCCCACGUCCUUCUUAUCACCCCUUUCGGUUCCUCCGAGCCGGUGCUUUUCUCGCCGGCGUCGUUGAAGAUGACUGGCCUCUUCCGCCGUCGCUUUUACGCGCCGCCAAUAUCACGGGGGAGUGCUCUUAUCUUCCCACUGUUUCUAGUCUUUCUCAUAUCGCGCGCCUCACUAACCUUCGCUGAAGACGUCGAACGGGGGAAUGCGACGGAGUCGUCGACGGAGGCAGUGGGCAAGGAUAACGAUAGCUUUGCGGACAUUAUCGAUCGGGCUCUGCAGAAAGAGUUCCCUGAAAGCGAGCAGAACGCGGAAGAAAUCAAUCAAGAUGGUUUCAACAACAGCGUUGCUAAAAAGAAGGCUGUUUUGGAAACAGUAGCUAGAGUGACGAAGAAAAAUGACACAAAUGAGGAAAAAUCUUUUCAGUUUCAUAAUGUUUUCAAUAACGAGAAUCAAGCAGAGGAUAUGCCCACUUUGAUUGAUCACAAGGAUAAUGUGUUUAUAAUAUCAAAUCCCAAGUCAAAAUAUCCCAUACUACAACUGGACCUGAGGUUGAUAUCAGAUCUUGUAGUUGUCAUUGUAUCUGCAGCUUGUGGUGGAAUUGCCUUUGCUUGUGCUGGACAGCCGGUGAUUACGGGAUAUUUACUUGCAGGUUCUCUCAUUGGACCUGGAGGUCUGAGCUUUGUUAGCGAAAUGGUUCAAGUUGAGACAGUGGCCCAAUUUGGAGUUAUUUUUCUUCUUUUUGCGCUAGGAUUAGAGUUCUCGACCGCAAAGAUCCGGGUGGUUCGUGCUGUGGCUAUUCUUGGUGGCCUACUUCAAAUUCUUCUCUUUAUGUGCUUAUGUGGGAUCACUGCCUCGUUGUGUGGGGGUAAAGCUACAGAAGGUGUAUUUGUUGGUGCUUUUUUGUCGAUGUCCUCAACAGCUGUGGUUUUGAAAUUUUUGAUGGAAAGGAAUAGUAUCAAUGCUCUCCAUGGUCAAGUUACUGUAGGAACUCUUAUUCUCCAGGAUUGUGCUGUUGGUUUGCUAUUUGCUCUGCUUCCUGUUCUACGUGGCACAUCUGGCAUUCUUCAAGGAGCAAUAUCAAUGACUAAAUCAUGUUCCAUCAUGAGAUCACCUCGCUUACGCAUGGUAGAAAGUGAUUUUUUUAGAGCUGUCUCUUGUGUGCCAAGUGGUCUGACAAAGCUGUGGUGCUCCAUGUGGCACUGGGUGGUUGUAAGAUAUAGGACCGUUAUGAGUUUGGUCCUACUCUGCACUUUCUUGACAAUUCUUUCUAUUCUAUCCCGGACAUGUGUCCCUUGGUUUCUUAAGCUAAUGAUAACCCUUUCAUCUCAGACCAAUGAACUUUACCAAUUGGCCUCAGUAGCUUUCUGUUUGCUUGUUGCUUGGUGUAGUGAUAAAUUGGGGCUUAGCCUUGAACUUGGUUCGUUUGCUGCGGGGGUGAUGAUUUCAACAACUGAUCUUGCACAGCAUACACUUGAGCAAAUAGAACCCAUUCGGAACUUCUUUGCUGCUCUCUUUCUUGCAAGCAUUGGAAUGCUAAUCCAUGUCCAUUUCCUUUGGAAUCAUGUGGAUAUUUUACUUGCAGCUGUUAUUUUAGUUAUCAUUAUAAAGACCAUUGUUGUAACUACUGUUGUGAAGGGAUUUGGCUACUCAAACAAGACAUCGCUACUUGUUGGCAUGUCGCUGGCACAGAUUGGAGAAUUUGCUUUUGUUCUUCUAAGUCGGGCUUCAAAUGUGCAUCUCGUUGAGGGGAAACUGUACCUGCUACUUCUGGGGACAACUGCUUUAAGCCUGGUGACUACCCCAUUGCUUUUCAAGAUGAUACCUGCUGUUAUUCAUCUUGGAGUUCUACUCCGUUGGUUCCCACCCGAUAGUAAUUCAUCGGAGACGGGACACAAGGGUGAAAACCAUCGCGUGGACAGUGCUGCUGAGAAAAAAGAAAUGGGAAAGGUUGAUGAAGAUUGGUUUGGCGGAAAAAUUAAUGAAGAUGAAGAUUGGUUUGCAGGCAAAACGGCAUUAUGGAGCACACUUGAACUUGGAAUAUCUUAAGGUUUAUUUAUUUAUUUAUUCAAUAUCUGGCUGUAUGGAAAUCUACUUCAGUCUAACGCCUUUAAUGUGAUUUGAUAACAUUGUUUAUUGGUGGGAUGAUGUCUAAAAAUUCGUGCUAAAAUAGUGAAGGAAUAUCAAUAUGAUAUGGUUAAAAAAAAAAAAAAAAAGUUUGAUAAAUUGGCUAUUUUUAUAAUCCAAGCUCUUUAAUUGACUAGCCCUGUGAAGCGAUUAUAUCAUAUUAGCUUCGUCUGGCUAUCAGUCGCAAAGAUUAGAGCGUUAUAUGGUGAAUAUGACAUUUAAUGUUGUAAGAGAAGAAACCGAAGAACAAAUUAUUAGCAUUCGAUCAUUGCAGCACCAUUAAGCAACAACGAGCCAUUUACUAGUAGUAAAUACGUUCUGAUAACAUUUCAAGGGAGUAAAUUUAUUUUGAUAACAUUUCAAGUGGUUGAUGUGACCUAAGUAUUCACAGGAGAUUGGACCCCAAAAGAUAGGAAAUGCCACCUAAAAGGAAAUUAGUGGAUCAGAUCUCAAUCAUUUGGUAGAUUGAAUAUGUUGAUGCGACAGUGAAUUGGUGGCACAUUUGGCCAUUGCUAGAAGAUGUUGGUACAAUAGUUGCCACGGUUUGUUGUGCACACAUUGCAGAAAUGGUAAAUGCCGUGGUUUGCAAAGUAAAUGUGGGCCUAAUGGCGGUGGGUGGUCUUAUUAGGUUUCGCCGAGAGAUUAGUUACGCCGUCAAGCGCUUUCUUUGAAGUGACAACGGGUAGAUAUUUCGUUAAAAAAAAAAAAA